AUUGCCACUGCUUUGCUCAAAUCCACCAUCCGCACUCCUCUCUCUUUCUCUUUCUCAGUGACUGUACCACUGUCCUGACUUUGCCAUCUCCUCCCUCGUCUCCUUUCCUUUCUCGCUUUCUCUCUCUCUCUUCUUUCCUCUUCUUUGAUCACCAGCCGGCCGGCCGGACCACCGCUGAUAUAACUCCUCUCCCGAUCCUCCCCUCCAUGGACUCCGCUUGAUCACAAGAGGUAGCGGCCGCGGAUUGCUAGCUAGGAACUUGGUGUCCGUGCUCCAUUUGAUCGUGGAACAACACCUACAACGCGCUGUGACUUUCCAUUUGCUUGAUCUCCCAAUGCUGCAAAGGAACCUACCGAAUCUCUGCCUCCAGAUAAGCCCGCCAGCGGCCUCGUCGGCCGUCGUUGCAUCCGACGCACCGGUGGCGGCGUCGGCGAAGCCUCCGCCGACACAACCAAUAAGCACGGCGACGUACGCUGAAGGAAGCGGCGAGGUAGGGUUCUUUGCAAACCCUAGCCCCGGCGCGGAGCCCCCGGGGCUUAGCCUUGGGCUCGCCACGCCGGCGCUUGGCGACAACGCGGCCGGACGGCGAGGCCACCACCUCCAGCCGCAGGGAUGCGCGUUCAAGCGCGCGGCCGCCAGGGCUUCCCUGCCUGCCGCCGGAUCGAAGCGAAGCGCCCGGGCGCCGCGGAUGCGCUGGACCACCGCGCUCCACGCGCGCUUCGUGCACGCCGUCGAGCUCCUCGGCGGACAUGAGAGAGCGACGCCGAAGUCGGUGAUGGAGCUGAUGAACGUCAAGGAUCUAACGCUCGCGCAUGUCAAGAGCCACCUUCAGAUGUACAGGACAGUGAAGAGCACAGACAGAUCGUUGCACACAGCUACAGGCGAGGCGUUGCCGCUUCAGAGGACGGCGGCGACAGGGAUGGAGGCGGCGGCGGCCGCAGCAGCAGGAGGUGGCGGUGGUGGUGCUGGAGGUGGGGUGAUAAUGGUACCAGUGCCAGCAGCAUGUGACGACAUGGUUGGGAUCUGCAGCUCUCCUUCGGCGGGCUCUGCGCCGCCUGCUAUGGCGACUACUUCCGCUGCUCACUUCCUCUGUGCGCCAGCAGCAACAACUGCUCCACUGGCGGCAGCACCGUCACCUCCUCCACCCAUUCCCCCGAGGAGCAGGACUACUGACCACGCAGCAGCAGUGCCGGAAAAAGGUGUUGCAAUUGUUGACUCGUUGCACCGGCCAGUGCUUGAAGAUACUCAUCAGGCUGCUCAAGAAAAGGCAAAUAAUGGUCAGCUGCCAAUGGGACUGCACGGGUGUGUUGACCUGCUUGACCCCAUGGCUACAAACUGCUCAAGUCCAGCGAGCUCUUCUCCAUCUCUCGCUAGCCUGGAGCAGCUGACGGCCGACAUGUACGCGCCGAACCUGGAGAUCUCCCUGGGGAGGCAGGACUGGAGCAUGGACCGUCCGGAAGGACUUUGCCUGAAAUACCUGUGACAAAAGGGGAUAUCGAGCUUUGUUUUUCUGGUUUCGGUCAACUAAUUAACCAAUUGAUCAAUAUUCAUGAAGUAGCUAGCUAGGCUUUAUGUUCGGCACGGCAUGGAAUGAAAUCGAUCUAUGAUGAGCAGGUUGUGAGUGAUAUAAUUAUUAGUAUCUUGCAUGGGAAGCACGUAUAUGAAUCAUACGUUUGGACUGGAUCAAGAUUAGUGAA